UUGAACAUGUUCACAAAACUAAAACAUUUCAUACAAUUCAUUGCACAUAAUGUCACAAAAUUGUCCCAUCCAGCGCCCAGCAGUACAAUACGUAAAUAACAACAUCAAACAACACUACCAAACAACUUGACAGUGGAGAAGCAAAAGAAAAAGCCACACAGAAGAAAGAAAGGAGUGAAAAGAUAGGAGGAAAUCUCUUCCGUCAGACACUGGCUGGAGUAGUCGAGGGUCAAAUCAAGAUUCAAGCGAAGAAAUACGGAAAAAUAUCACACAAGAAAAGUGUUCGCAAACUUGCUGCAAACGACUUCCGUGCAGCUAGUGCGUGCUGGUGGACCACGUUUGUGCUACAGCUGUGAGCAAAGUUGACCAGGUUGCUGCCCCCCCCUCAUUGGCAGAAUGUGACACUGUUCGUGACGAGUUGUUGUGUGGUGCAAUGGCGAUAGCGAAAGGAAAGUAGUCGCAACGGAGAAGAUUUGCAUUGGCCAUCGCCAUCGCCAACCUGCCACCAUAAUACCCGCUCGUAUGUGCAACGAAAAGACUGUGUGCGUUCCCGUGCGUUGGGACAGCAAGUAGGGCAGCAGACGGCAGGACGGGUUCCGUCUGGUUGGUCUGGCUGGCUGCAGAAGUGCGUGUAUCGUGAAUCGGUGUGCAUCGUACGUCCAAAGAAGUUUUUUGUACAAAAGAGCAUUUGGCUCCGAAAACCAUUUCUGGCAGCAGUAGCAGCAGUAGCCAUAGUGCAUUUUCCGUUUGUUUUAUUUGUGUUUUUGUCCAGUGCAAUUGGGCAACGAAUAAUCUAGCAGUGCGCGUAGUUUGUGGAACGGGAUAAUCGAAGGCACCGUUGCCGCAGGGUGGUUGAACACGGUUGUGCUGUGUGUCCGCUGUGUCGAGCGUACAAAGAGUAGGUGCACGGUUCUGCCUGCAGCAUAGACUACCCCGUAUCGGGGUUGAUUUUCUGUUCGAAAGUGGAGUGGUCUUCCGGUAGCGCAGCGAAGCGGAAUGCCGCUCGAGUAUCUGCAAAUGUUUGUUUAUCUGCUGCACAAAUCCAAGUAUCGAAGAAAAUGUGGCCCACCGCCAUCACCAUCGGUGGUGGUUGGCCGUGCCAUGGAUCUGUGUCGUCUUUCAUUGGUGCUGUUAGCUUUAUCAUGCCACUUUGGCCCUACCGUCGUGUCGUGCCAAGGGUUGGCUGGGGUGGCCGAUUCCGUCAACAAAUGCACGGACGUACGCUGUAUGAACGGUGGUGUCUGUAAAAAUGGAACCUGUGUCUGCCCGGACGGCUGGCAAGGGUCCGAGUGCCAAUUCUGCGGUGGUAAGGUUAGACUGACGGAUCCAUCAGGCAGCAUCCAUGAUGGGCUCGGUAACUAUUCGAUCGGUGUCAAAUGCAGUUGGCUGAUCGAUGCACGCGAACACAACAGCAUCACCGACAAGGUGUCGAACGGUCCCACCCAACCGUCGGUGAUACGGCUCCAUCUGGAAGAGUUUGCCACCGAAUGUGGCUGGGACCAUCUGUACGUGUACGAUGGCGAUUCCGUCGAGUCACCGCUGCUGGCAGUGUUUAGCGGGUUGAUGUAUCGGAAAAAUUUCACCAUCCGUCGAAUACCGGAAGUGUUUGCCCACUCCGGUUCGGCGCUGUUACAUUUCUUCAGCGACGAUGCGUACAACAUGUCGGGGUUCAACAUUUCCUACCAAGUGAACGCCUGCCCAACGAACGAUUCGUCGCUCAACUGUUCGGGCAACGGCGAUUGCUGGAAUGGUGAGUGUAGUUGCAACAGUGGAUUUACCGGCGCCGCCUGUAAUAUUCCGCGCUGUCCAAACUAUUGCUCCGCCUAUCUGGGACGUGGCGUGUGCGACAAGAAGCAGCAGCGAUGUGUCUGCAGUGCCGGCUACACGGGGAACGAUUGUUCGCAAACGAUCGCGCACGGCUACUGGACGGCGAUCGAUGCCGGCGAAACGGAAGGCUUCACACCGCCGGGCAGUGCGUCGCACGGUGCGGCCGUCUUUCACGAUACCCUGUACGUGAUUGCGGGCGAAAGUUACGGCAAAGCGGAAGCACUGCUGUACAUGUACGAUUUCAACGGGAAGGUUUGGGAAACGGCCCACACCGAGAGCAAACCGGUGCCGGAGCUGCGGUACGGUGCGUCGACGGUCAUCUUCGGCGACAAGAUAUUCAUGUACGGCGGUGUAAUUGAGGGUAAGGGCGUCUGCGGCGAACUGUGGGCAUUCGAUGUGAGUGCAAAGAUUUGGGAAAACAUUACCGUAAAGUCGGAACAGUGCAACGAAACGUACGAGAUGUGUGGGCCGCUCCGUUCGGCCGGACACACCGCGACAAUCGUGACCAACUACGAUCAAACCGGAGCCAGUGGUAAGAAGAUACUGUCCGGUGGGGGUACCUCCCAGAAGAUGGUGAUCAUUUUCGGCCAUUCGCCACAGUUCGGCUACCUGAACACGGUGCAGGAGUUUAACUUUGGUACGCGCGAAUGGAAGAUCGUACCGACGCGCGGGUACCCGGUAAAGGGUGGUUACGGUCAUUCGGCUGCAUACGAUCCGCUACGCGAACGCAUCUACGUGUACGGGGGCAUCGUAUCGGAGAGUGACAGCUCGCAGUUGCUAAGCAACAAACUGUUCAGCUACGAACCGCACGAGCGUCUGUGGACGUUGCUGGAGACGGCACCAACGGCGCGUUUUCUACACACGGCCAACUUCCUUACACCCGGUCUGAUGAUGGUGUUCGGUGGUAAUACACACAACGACACAUCGCACAGCUUUGGUGCGAAAUGUUACUCGCGCGAUCUUAUGGUGUACGAUGUGCUGUGUGAUUCGUGGCACACGCAACCCAUGCCAGGCGAUCUCUACGCGGAUCUCGCACGGUUUGGCCAUUCGGCAGCUGUUUUCGAGCGCUCGCUGUACAUCUACGGUGGGUUCGAUGGGCAGAUGAUUAACGACAUGCUAAAGUUCACACCGGGCGAAUGUCACGCGUUUAACCGCACGGAACAAUGUCUUAAUACGCGCCCGGGUGUAAAAUGCGUGUGGGACAUUCAAAAGAACAAAUGCUUGCCGGCGGCGGCGGUACAGCGCGAGCGGUUGUUCGAUCGCGACCAGGAAGGUUUGGAAGUGUGUCCGAAGAAGAGCCGCCUGGUAAUGACACAACAGGAGCUGAUGGAUUACGAGCUGUGCAGUCAGCUGACAACGUGCCAGGGUUGCGUUUCGACCGCGUACGGCUGCAUGUUCUGUGGCAUCGGUAAUGGGAAGGGUAUCUGCGUGAAGGAGAAGUGCCCGGACGUGUCGUAUACGUUUCGGGCCGAUUUCUAUCCCACCAAGGCGCUGAAGGACUGUCCGGAUAAUGAUGAGCAUGUGUGUGCGCAACUGCACGGAUGUCACGCCUGUACGGCGGUGAGCGUAUGCCACUGGGACUACGAGCAUAGCAAGUGUCAGUACAGCCGGAACAAGUCGGGUGAUGCGCUGAACGAUGCCUGUCCGCCGGCCUGCUCGGGGUUAACAUCGUGCGGAAAUUGUACGCAGGAAGAGUGCAUCUGGUGCCAGAAUGAACAGCGCUGCGUGGACAAGAAUGCGUACACUGCUAGCUUCCCGUACGGACAGUGUCGCGAAUGGACGACCGGUUCGAGUAAGUGCCGUGCGGCAAGUAGCGGGAAAAGCCAGUGUGGUUUCUAUCGUACCUGUGCCCAGUGCCGGGAUGAUCCUGCCUGUGGUUGGUGUGAUGAUGGUUCUAUGACCGGGCUGGGCAAGUGUCUGCCGGGCGGCGAUAGUGGAGCACACGAAGAGUCCGAAUGUCCGGCACAGCGAUGGCACUUUACGCACUGUCCCAGCUGUCAAUGUAACGGUCACAGUACGUGCCCCGAUUCGAAAACCUGCAAGCAGCCCUGCAAUGAUCUAACCGUCGGUUCAAACUGUGACAAAUGCAAGCCGGGUUUCUGGGGCAAUCCGGUCAAUGGUGGCAUUUGCCAAAAGUGUGAAUGUAACGGACAGGCUCAGUACUGUCACAGCGAAACGGGCAAAUGCUUCUGCAGUACCAAAGGGCUGGCGGGUGAUCAUUGCGAAAAGUGUGACGCAACUAACCAUUACCAUGGUGAUCCGAGUCGCGGAUCGUGCUACUACGAUCUAACGAUCGACUACCAAUUUACGUUCAAUCUGUCGAAGAAGGAGGAUCGCCACUUUACGCAGAUAAACUUCCGCAACUCACCGGUCAAGCCGGAUAUCGAUGCUGACUUUACCAUCACGUGCAGUGUGGCGGCACGGAUGAACAUCACCAUCCGGACGGCCGGUGGCAUCGAGAAGCCACUGUUUUCCGCCGUUAACUGUUCCACGUUUCGGUACCGAUUCUCCAAGGCGGAGCAUCAGUUUGGUAUCGAGGAUAAUGUGACGCUGACGACGUUCUACGUGUACGUGUAUGACUUUCAGCCACCGCUCUGGAUACAGAUUGCAUUUUCGCAAUAUCCCAAGCUGAACUUACAACAGUUCUUCAUUACCUUCUCAACAUGUUUCCUUUUGCUCCUCGUAAUGGCGGCCAUUCUGUGGAAGAUUAAGCAACACUACGAUAUGUUCCGGCGUCGUCAGCGACUUUUUGUAGAAAUGGAACAAAUGGCGUCGAGACCAUUUUCGCAGGUUUUGGUGGAGAUUGAAAGUAGGGAAUACAACGAGUUAUCGCCAGCGGUAGAAAAUAUUACCGCUGCGCCUCGGAAACGUAAAAAGGACUCACCAAGUCCUAUCGCACUGGAGCCAUGCGAAGGCAACAGGGCGGCAGUUCUUUCGCUUCUAGUCCGGCUGCCAACGGGUAUGCUAAUGGGGAUUCCCAAUAUCGAUCAACACGCUAACUCUAUUAUUCUGUUGCUUUUAGGUGGCCUUCAGCAUUCUCCUCCUGGUCAAUCGGCAGGUCUUGCCGUCGCAAGUGCAUUAGUAACGUUAGGAAACCCACGACGCUCGUCUAUAGAACAUCCGAAGGAACCUAAGACUAAGCGUAAGCAGAGCCAACACCCUGAUAGUUGUAUAUAAAAUAUCAUGUCUACGUAUAUCCAUCCCGCGGGCAACAAAAGAAGAAAUGCAACGGUUUUCGUUCGUCGAACCAACCCCAUACGCUCCCGGUGUAUCCGGUUUUGUUGGCGCUAACCAUGGCAAGGCCAUGCUUGUCUGUUGAACCUCAAAAAAAAGACCAUCGUUGGGUUGUAAAUGCGCCGCUGAACGGUUCUCCCCAUCCCCAGGUUACGGACACGAAAGCGAGCACCAGGUGUUAUUUAUGAAACAAUGCUCGGCAAAGUACAUUAGUCCAACAGAACAACCAUACAGAUAGUGGCGAACACAAACCACAAAGACAAACGAAGCUUUAUCGGUAAAGCGAAUAGUUUGAGUUUGGCAAAAUAAAGCCGAGAUAGAACUCUUGCAAGCCUGGAUAACAUACAGAGUCUGAGACUAGGAACACGUGUGCGCUAAAGAAAGGCGCGCGUGGUUUACAAUAAUGCUAAUAAUUAAUUACACUACCAAUAAUAAUAAUGAUUAAUCCGAGGACAAAGGGGACAGCAGCCAAGAAAGGGAACGGAGCGAAAUAAGCGAGCAAAGCGCACUAGGCCGUAUUACUUGUGCUUCGUUUGGUUAAAGUGUUUUUUUCUUCUUCCCCACACACAAGGGAGCAAGGCAGGAAAUGAAUGCAUGAAUAGUUCUUAGCUGGGUAUCAACGUUAAUUUAGUGACGUGUGUUAAUUUGUGUGGCAUUUGGGUGUGAACACCAUAUGGGCAUUGUUAUGCACUGCAUGCAAUAGAAUUUCCGUUUCUGUUUCGUUAGAAACAUCAGUUAUUUUGGCAAAUGAGAUGAAAUUUUAAAUUUUGGCGUGAAAAAAGGUUGCGCUGUAUACAGAUUGCUCGCCGAAAGUUAGAAGGGAAUCUUUAAUUUAAAGUUUGUGCUCUGUGCUUAAUCCGUUACUUAUCCUGAAGUUUGAUGGAAAGCUUUGUUUCAACAUCAAUACCGUUUCAUAAUGGUAUUGCUACCUUUUACCAGCGGUUCAUUUGCGCACGUGUGUCUAGGUGUGAUUGCAUUUCCUGUAAAAUUUGUACAAGUUGACAGGCUGCACAAAAUACUCAAGGAAAAAAAGAGGAUCAGGCAAUAUUAAUUUUAUGUUAUUAAGGUUCUGCACUCUGUUCUGUUCUGUUUUUUUUUCAUUUUUGGUUUCGACAAACAAUCGACACUGAAUGCUGCAAACCGAUGAAUGGCUUUUGUAAAUUGUUCGCGUUUUAAAUACAAAUUUGUCUAAUUCUACUACCAGGCCAAACGUAUUGUGUGUGUGUGUGCGCGCGCGCUCGUGUGUGUGUGUGUGUGGGACAUGAAUCAUUGCCAAAUUCAUGCUACCGAUUUUAUGCAAACAAUGACUGAAAAGAACUCAUAAAAAAUGCUACUAAUGUGAAAGAAUUCCUGUGGGAAAGAACAAAACCUUAUGUAGUAAAACGUGUGGAUGUAGGAUGCUGCUAGGUAGUAGCUUGUAGUGGUAGAAACUGGCCCGAAGUAAAACAAAACUCUGAAGCGUCGCGGAAGAAAAAAGGUUAGCGAAGGAAACAACAUUGUGAUGAUUAUUAGAUAUGUAUUAAUCGAAACACAUCGUUUUAUCUUUCGUUCGUUGCGUCGUGUUGUCUAGUGUGUGGUUUAUUUUUGCCGAAAGCGUGAAACCCAUUUAAAGGUGAUCUCCAUCUGUUUUACCAUUGAAUCUGUCGAUCUGCACGAGAGUGAUCUGACAGAGAGAAAGAGUGCUUGCAAGAUAGAUAGCCGAUUAUGUUACUAUGCUCUUCGUCCUGCACACGGUGUACAAUUUAGGCAGCAUAAUAGCGAUAGGUUUCAUCAGGAUCUGUGUUGUGUUCUCUUUUGCAAAGCAUUAGAAUUAGAGCCACAAGGGGUUACAGGAAGCAGAGGACCUACAGGUAGGGCAGAAGUUGAACGGGACUAAACAGGAAACGGUUUAAAAACUGAUCAUGUGUGUGUGUGUGUGCGCGUUAAAUCAAAAUUGGUAAAGUGAAGACAAAACGUAACAGCAAAAAGUGGCAAGCUAAAAGCCAAACCGGUCGGGGAUGUUAGCUAUUGAAAGAGUUGCUGCAAACGCUAGCUAUUAUUGCAACGAAAAAUGAAAACUAAACAACAAUCAGCUUUUGCCGGCAUUAGUUGUAUGUGUAUACCGCCAAACUGGACGUGAAACAAAAGCAAAAAAAAGCUGAAGAACAAAGUGCAACAUUUUCCCACUGCAAGGGGAAGCUGUGCAGCCUUUCGCCAGUUUAGCAUAUGUGUAGGUGUGCUCGUAUUUCGUUUUGCAGAGACUGUGACUAUGAUAUAUGCAUAUACAUAUACAUACUGAAUAUAUAUAAACUGAACAUAUUUAAUUACGACGGGGGACAAACCAGUGUUUCCGACGCACUGCACUUUUAAUCCAAAAUCGUACGCGUGUCACUGUGUAUUGGGUGUAUUUUUUUCUUCUUCUUUGAUUUAGGAUAUGUUUUCUUUAGCUAGUGUUUUGGUUUGUGUUUUGAGGAUAUCCGGCAGCUACAAUCGAGCGAGAGGCUGCUACAUACCGUACCGGAUACGUUAAGCAAUAAGACGAGUAACGAGCAUGUUCCCAAAGGCAGUUGGGAGCAGUAGUUCGCGGCCGCAAUAGGGAGAAAAAGGGAUAAGAAUUUUAACCAGUACGCAGCGGAUCAUACGAUGGUGCAGCUAUAUGAUGAGAAAGGUUUAAAGUAAAGCAGGAAUAGUUCCACUAAAAAAGAAAGACGCAUAAAUACACAAUGCAAUGAAGAAGACAAGCGCGGACGGUAAAGAUGGUGUGAAUUAGCAAGGAAGAACGGAUUAGUAUACAAAAGG